AUGACUAAUCCAAGAGAGGAAUGCGGGGCCAUAACACUAAGAAGUGGGAAGGUUGUGAAUGAGGCAUCAUCAAGUCACAACUUGCAAGAAGAAGAGGCUGCAAAUGACUCGGAAACCAAUAAGGAAGAAGAGACAUCUGAUCUAGCUCAACCAAAGCAAGUCUUGAAGCCGUAUGUACCAAAAUCACCCUACCCACAAAGGCUGAGAAAAGAUGGGAAGGACAGCCAGUUUUCUAGGUUCUUGGAUAUUUUUAAGAGACUCCAAAUUAACAUACCUUUUGCUGAGGCAUUAGAGCAAAUGCCCCUCUAUGCAAAGUUCCUAAAGGAAUGUAGUGCCAUCAUUCAAAAGAAGCUUCCCCAAAAGAUGAAGGACCCUGGGAGCUUCCAAAUCCCCUGCAUCAUAGGGGAUAUUCGGAUUGAAAAAGCAUUGUGUGAUCUGGGAGCUAGCAUCAACCUUAUGUCCUUAGCCAUGAUAAAAAGAAUGAGAAUUGAAGAGGCCAAACCAACAAGAAUGGCACUUCAAUUAGCUGAUAGAACAUUCAAGUUUCCUCAUAGGGUGGUGGAGGACUUGUUGGUUAAGGGGGGAGAGUUCAUCUUCCCAGCUGAUUUUGUGGUAAUUAAUAUGGAGGAAUAG